AUGAGCCGCAACGCCCCUCACGACUUGGAGCUGCAACAGCCGCCUCAGGCCCCUUAUGCGACCCAUACCUCGCAGCAUACUGGCGUGAGAUCCCCAUCGUAUCACACUCGCAAGCAGUCUGCGCCUGUGGUCAGCGAACAGGUGAACAAAUUCGACGACGUGGACAUCACCGGGCUUCAACCACCACCUUCCGCUUUAACACCCACUACUGCAACUGCAUAUGACCCACAUGCACCUUCCCCACUAGAGGACUUCCCUAGGACUGGCCGAAGUAGUCACCAGCGCACCUUGACCGGCACAAUCUUCGACAACUUCAAUCGCGCAACAUCGACAAUCCAACAGCAUACUUCAAGAGCAUCUUCACCUACAAAAUCUCUGGCAAGCUUCAUUCCCUCAAGAGGCGCUAUCGAAUCCAGCGCUAGCCAGCCUAAGAUUAGGGCACUACAGAACUGGUUCAACGGCUCCUCUGCGCCCGUGAAGCUAGGUGUCCAGCCACAGGACGACUAUUCGGAUUCCGGCUCCGAGUCAGGAGAGAGUUACGAUUCCGAGUCCGAAGAGGAGGAAGAGGAGAGGGGCAACAUGAUGACCAACCUCUUCAACCGUGGCUCUUCCCUCACGAGGGGCACGUCGCAGAGCCCGAUGCGAUCAGAUGAUACCCACACACCGAGCAAGGCACCGAGCCAGCCCACCGCUAGCAGCAAGUUCGCAUGGCUGUUGUCCACACAAAAGAAUGCCGCCGUCCCCCCUCCACAGCAGUCGCCCACAUACCACAACCCUGACGACGAGCUACUCAACUUGAACAUAUCACACUCCCUUUUCCCACACGGUCCCGCCGAUCCGCUAGCACCUUCGUCCUUCCACGACCUUCUUACCAACGCCGAAGCCCUCCUCUCUCGCUACCAGACCGCCUACCGCCAAGUCUCUAUUGCCCUAGGAGACGCACAUGCCGAACAGAGCGCGCAGGACGAUGAGCUUGAUGAAGCCGAGACACGGGCAAGGCACCUGAAGAUGCAACUGGAGACAAUGGCAGCACGAGCAGCCGAGCAGGACGAGCAAAUGCGCGUCCUCAUGGAAGACCUCGCGUUUGAGAAGAAAGCUCGUCAAGAAGAAGAGGCAGCUCGUAAGAGGAGUCUAGCCCUCAUUAGAGCAACACCACAGUGUGAGCACACUUCGUGCCAGGAGUCUGCCCGUCGACACAACCGUGUGUCAGGCUCAGAAAUCAGCGUCGAUUCUGGUUUCGAGUCUGAGAAUGAGACCGACGCUGCGAGCGUGUUCUCAAGAAGCUGCCUCAGCCCUACUGGUACCGACCGCUCAUCCAUUCUCGACAACGAUAUCCACGACACCACACCGAAGGGCCGAAAGCCUCAAUCGCUACAACGGGGAAGCACAUACGACAAGCCCCGAGAAGGCAAAGUCGACAUCGCUAAAGGUGGGUGGGGAUGCGCCAACUGCCAGGGCGGCGCACAAUCUGCUGUUUGGGGCCGCCUAGCGAAGGAGCGAGAGGAGAACCGCACGCUCAGACUGCGUGUUGAGACCCUAGAGGAGGCUGUCGAUGGUGCUUUGAAUGCCGUCGCUGGCGCUUGGGGGAUGUAA